AGCAAAGUUUUAACAUGUUUAAUGUAUGGAGAUAAACAACAACUUAAAUUCGUACGUUGUUGCAAUCAGGUCAUAUGGUUGAUAUGUCCAAGUAAUAAGCAAUUUGAUCAAACAUCAACUCCGACGAGCUGUAAUUGAAAUGGCAACCAAAGAAAGUGCAUUAUUCUGCGACUUUUGCCAAAAGAAGCAACUCAACAAGUCAGCGCAGGAAUACUGUCCACAGUGUGAAGAGGCUCUUUGUGGCGACUGCAGAGACAAUCAUAAGAUAUCAAAAUUAUCAAAAUCACAUCAAACAAUCUCAAUAGAAAACUUUAAAAAAAUUACCAUCAUUUAUCAAGAAAAUUAGCCAUAACUGUGAGGAGCAUGACUGUAUCCUUGAAUUUUAUUGCAAAUUUCAUGACUCACUAUGUUGCAAAAUUUGUUCGAUAUCAGCUCACAAAGAAUGCAAGGAAAUUAUUUUUAUAGAAGAUUUUCUUUCGCCUUCAAAAGGAUACCAAUCAGUAGCUUUGGCUAACAUUGAAAAAGUUCUGAAAAAUAUGGAAGGUAACAUUUUUUCUGCUAUAAGGGAUAGAAAAAGAAAUUUAACGGAAUUACGUGAACAGAAGCGGAUUAUUUCUGAACAUAUCAAAGACAAGCGUAACGAAAUUAAUGCAUUUUUAGACCAUUUAGAAGAAGAACUACAAGAAAAGGCAUCUACAGUUGAGAAGACAAACUGUGAGAAAAUAGAAGAAAUAAUUACGGAAUUGGAGGACCAAAAAGAAAAAGUAGACGGAAUUCAAAAAGAUGUUGAAUCUGUCAAAAUGUUUGCAUCCAAUUUGCAAAUCUUCAUGGGAACAAAGGCAUUCCAAGAAAGAAUUUCAACCAAUGAAAUCAACGUCCAACAAGUAUAUGACAACGGGAGCUUAAACAACGUGACAAUGAAAUGCACUUUUAAUGAAAAGCUAGAGGGGGUUAUAAACCAUAUUAAAACAUUUGGUGAUGUAGAAAUUGACAAUUGUGAAAAACAUGUUUCUUUUUCAUGGAGAGGUGACAAAUCAGCACAAAUUUUUAAAUCAAAGUCAGCAGCAAAAUCUAUUGAAACCAUAAACGUCAGGUUAGGACGUAGGAUUAACAUUAAUCGCGAAAGUAUUUCUGGAUGUGCAAUAUCAGAAGCUGGAAAUAUGCUAUUUCUACAAGCACACAACAAUAGUAUAAUGAAAUAUGCGCCUAAUGGUGAAUUCAUUUCAGAAUCAUGUAUAAACCCAGCGACGAGCGGCAUUGGGUAUGACCUUGCGGUGAUUGAUUCUAAUACUGUUGCUGUAUCAAGUGGUGGACACGAUCCUCAACAGAUUUACUUGAUUGAUAUGAAUAGUACAAAAACGAGUCAAGUUUUUCAACUUGGGGACUGGUGUUGCGGUUUAAGCUACAACAACGAUUCAUUUAUUUGUUGCACGUAUCACAAUGGCAUACAAAUAUAUGACAGGUCGAAUUCUAACGUCCGGAUACUUCCAAAUUCUCCCAAAUGGGCGGAUAAUACCUACGUUGCCUCAAAUGCAAAUCAAAUUUUUCAUACCAAUUGGUGUGAUGAUUCUGUUGUAUGUUACGAUUUCAGUGGACAGGUACAAUGGAAAUAUGUCGAUUCUACAUUGCUUAGAAAACCGUAUGGCAUCACAUUAGAUACUUAUUCGAAUAUUUAUGUUGCUGGUUCUGACUCGAACAAUGUAGUCGUGAUAUCUCCAGAUGGAAAACAGGCAAAGGAGCUAAUUGGAGCUAGUGACAGACUUGCAAAUCCUCGUGCCUUGUUCUUUCAUAAAACAAAACACUUGCUUCUAGUAGCAAACUAUAAAAAUGGCGCCUCGGUGUAUGAUGUUAUUUACAGCAUAAACAUAUGAUAAACCUUUAACUACAGGAAUCAAUUCUUCUUAUCAAAUUCAGAAUUGAAUACAAGCUUAAGAGUAAAUUAUAUCGAACUACUUGUAAUAAAAUAAUUCCUAUUACAGCCUUCAAUGAUGUGUACAAAGGACGACU